UGUCAGUUUUCUGAUCGACCGUUGGGGGGGCAUUUUAGCAAGUGGGAUCUGUAGACAGUGAAAGCCGGUCAAGCGUAAACGAGGAGUGAACGACAUUUUGCUGCAUUUCCACGAUCCAUUGCCAGUUCAUUAUUCUUGUAGCUUGCGUUCUGGUAUUAUCCUUCACCGGGGAUCCCCAAAGAAAACCCAUUGCUAACCCCCCCACAGAAAGUCCAACAAUGCGACCAUCAUCCAUCCAAAAAACCAGCGCGCUAGACCCAGACCCCGCAGAGGCAAGCAGCGUAUCCGUCACCCGUCGGCAAAGCGAGCGCCGCAAGCUCUCCGCAGACGCACCCCAGCCCCGCCCUUUAACCGCCAAGCGGAAAUCCCGCAGCCUCGCCGACGCCAGGUCUCCAUCCGUCCGCCACUCCUCCAGCUUCCACCUCUCCUCCUCCGACAGCCUCGACGUAACCGCCAUCGACAACCGCCCGAUGUGGGAACACAUCAACUUCCAACUCCUCCUCGCCUUCCCGCUCUUCAUAUUCUCCCUCUGCGCCGUCUACAAAGGCAUUCGGUCUCCGCAUCUCGGCCUCUUCCACCUCCCGCCCACACAGAUCGUCAACGGAAUCUUCUACACCUACUUCUUCCUCAUCGACGUGCUCAUCUCGCACGCCCUCACGCAGUUAGCGGCCACCCUCGGCGCCGUGCUGUUGCUCAGCGAGCUGGGCGUGCAAUUGAGUGUGUAUAUCGAUGGGAUUGGGGUGUCGAGACGGUUGAUCAGGCAUUUUGGGAGGAAGAGGUGGACGGAGGCGGGGUUGGCGGUGCUGAUUGUGUGGGCGGCGGUCGGCGGACGGUUUGUGGCGGUUGUGUUGCCGUUUACGGUGCAGGUGGAGGUGGUGAGGACGUUGGCGGGGAAGUACUUCCAUGUGGAUCCGAAUUGGGGCGCGGAGGUGCCUGGGGUGAAGGUACCGGAUGCAGGGCUGCCGAUGAAUUCGGACUUUUAUUUCUGGGCUCGCUUCUAUACCCUCUCCGCCUCGCAGAUCUGCAUGGUACGAGUAACAGAAGACUCCUCCUCCAGCUCACCCAACGGCAUCUCCUGGUCGCUCACAACGAUGCGCGAGGGGAGCAACGCAGCACACAUUGACGACGUCACGCAAGGGUCCUACCGAGCCAACCUCAACGCCGCGGCGUAUGUUGCAAACACCACAUGCACGCCAACGACCCCACAUACGCUCUAUAAUAUCUAUGGGAAUGAGACAGUGACAGAUUUGAUGCAGUGCCAGCUGCUGGAUGGUGGCGAGCGCAUCGCUUGCCAUCUGCAUUCCUCGUGGCUGGACCCCCCGGUUGCCGGCGUGGCAGAUACGAUGAACACCGGACCGCCGGCAUUUGACUGUGUGAUAGCGGUGCGCCGUGGGGUGGUGCAGGCAGAACUCAGCUACCAUCUAGCGUCACACGGCUACUUUGGUGUCCGCGCAGCCGCAAUCCUUAAGAAAAUCCUUCUGGACCCUGUUCCUUACGCCUACCCCAUCGACCUCGCCAACAUCGCCCAGUCGAUUGUCAACUCCGCGCCAGCCCCCGAAAUUGUCGCGCUCGGGAAGUGGGAAUGGUACUACUACAACGGCGUCUACAUCGGCUCCCAAACGCAGACCGAAAUCGCACUCUCCAUGAUCUUCCAAUACAUGGGCGCCGUCGGCGAAGCCCGCAUCGGCGCGCCGCAAAAAUCCUGGCCCAUCUACGGCGACAUCAUCGGCGCGCGCGGCCAGCUCCCGCCGCGCGCCGGGUGGGGCAUCGUCCUCGCCUGCGUGCUCUGUCCCUUCACCGUCAUCAUCUGCAAGCUGUACACCUGGCGACUCCACGGCGGCCGCAAAGCCGUGCAGAUCCUCACCAUCCGCGGCGAGUGUCUCCGCGCUAUGAGCAAGCGGCUGCAGACGACAGUGUGGCCGCGGAGGGAUGGCACGGGGGAUACGAUGGUGUAUCCGGAUUUUUCGGUGCGGUUGGGGAAUGAUCGGGAGGGGAGGGAAGGGUUGUGUGUGGGGGAUGUCGAGAGGGUUGUGGGGAUUGAGGAGGUGGUUGUGGCGAGCGAGCUGAGGAGUCGGAGGAUUUGCACGACGCUGGAUCGAGAUACGGAGGCAUGAUCGAGAGCUUUACAGGCGGACGAGCACAGAUUAGCCUGUACGAGCUUCUCGACCUGCAUUUCAAUCCGCUG